CCCUGUCUGUGUCGGGGCAGCUGUGUGUGCUGCAGCGCAACAACCGACUGUGUAUAGCAAAAACCUCACCAUUUGGCCCGCUUGUAUUGAGGACCCCUCGUCACCAUGUCGCACGCGUGGCCGGUUGAGCCGGCCAUGGACCCCCAGUAUGCUCGCAGGCGAGCGCCACCUAUGGAACCGGCCAGCAACGCAGCCUACACCCACAGCCGCUCAAGAACGACUUCAUCCAACACGUUCCCCACGGACAUGCAGGCGCCAUUCCCAGCGAACCCUUAUCCGCCGCAGAUGCAUCUGGCCCAGCCCAAUGUGAGCCAUCAGCGUCGCUCGCCGAGCGUCAAUACAUUCAGCACAGUCUCGAGCGGCGGCAUGGCGCCGCCGGCAGCAUACAGGACGUCGCCGACCCUCGACAUCAGAAGGUCCACUUCGAGCCGCUCUGGCGGCGCCUCCAGCGCGCCUCAGUCCGGUAGCUAUGUCGCGCUCCUCCGGAAACAAAAGGCCACGGUGUGGUGCGAUCGUGCGCAAUACGAAGACCCCCGAUUACUCGCGCAACAGCGGGCCGCUAAGAUGCGAGCGAAUCUCGAGAUCGUGGAAUCAGGCAGUGGCCUGGGCAUCGGGCUUGGGGGCUCUGGCCGCACCGCUACCGGUCUGAGCUCGACCGGUGGAAAGGUCGCGGCCAAAAUACGACACCACGGCAAGCCCACCGUUAUCGGAUACUCCCCAGGCAGCAAUUUCAAUGGUAUCGGCGGUGUUCCUCUCCGUCUUAGCGCCACCGAGGUCGAGGGCGAAGAGAGCGAGGAGGACGACGCCGCCAUGCAGAGACUCCAUCACCGCCGGACAGGCAGUUCCGGGCGGAACAGCAUCGCGAGUGGGAAGCGCGCCAUGCCGCAUCGCCCGUCCGGAGGCCUCGGCCCCGCGAAUUCGCAACAGGGUGGAGCCGCGAGGUGGAGCCCAGGCGAUACCCCCGAGCGGACAGGAUCCCUGGUUGGAGAAAAACAGAGCGAGCAGGCACUCCCAGGGGAUGACGCGGGCAGCGGGAGAGCGCGGAGCAUCGGCAGCGGCAGCAGCGAGCGCCUGGACAACGUCCCCGAACUCUCGGGCAACUCGGCCCAUUUGGCCAGCAACAGCAGGAAGAACGCCGCGGUGACGCGCGAAAAGAGCGUCAAGAGCGUCGACGACCUAAAGCGACGCGGCAGUGUGGACGAGCGGACUAUGACGCUGACCACGGGCCGGCUGUUCAUUGCGAACCCGGACUAAGGCGUGGCUACGACAAUUCCAUAUGGGGCAAGCCGGGUGAAGAAGGGACAGGAUCCCCAACACCACUCGGCUUGCCCAUCACCGCCUCUUUCGCAAGCCUCAUCUGCACAUGCGCAUAGCCUUACUACAGGCAUCCGUUACCAGCCGCUUCGUCUCCUGCAUCUCCGCCCCAGAGCUUUGCAACCCGGGGUCUCCCAUGGCUGGGCAUCUACGAUCGCUUCGAAUCGCUGUCGUUAUUUGGUUCUGUCUUGCUAUUUCUCAACGCCGCUCGUUACUCGUUGGCGGCUUGCGUCUCUAAUCUAAUACGCCCAGGGCCGAGGCAAGGUCAUGGGACUGGAGGGCGUUCAAAAUCAUGAGCCCCUAAGGGAACGGGUGUGCAUUUGAAGAGUAUAUUCUGUCUGGCUCAAAUACCAAU